AUGGCGGCUGAUAAUACGGGCGCGAAAUCGAGCUCCGCUGCGGAUUCUUACGUUGGGAGCUUGAUUAGUUUGACAUCCAAGAGCGAGAUCAGAUACGAAGGGAUCCUUUAUAAUAUUAAUACAGAUGAAUCCAGUAUCGGACUGCAAAACGUCCGAUCAUUUGGAACUGAGGGAAGGAAAAAAGAUGGUCCUCAAGUUCCUCCUGGUGACAAAGUUUACGAGUACAUAUUGUUCCGUGGGACUGAUAUCAAGGAUUUGCAAGUCAAAGCUUCUCCACCUGUUCAGCCUCCACCUGCUUUAAAUAACGACCCUGCUAUAAUUCAGUCUCACUACCCUAGCCCGAUUCCGACAUCUAGUAGCUUGCCUUCUACUGCGAGCGGGUCACUUCCUGAUAUUAGUUCUCAUAAUGGACAACCUGGACAGCCUGGACAACAUGGACAGCAUGGAAUGGGAUUUCAAACUGGAAUGCCUUUGUAUCAGCCUGGUGGAAAUCUUGGUUCGUGGGGAGCAUCACCACAACCGCCGAUGUAUUGGCAAGGAUUCUACACCCCACCACCCAAUGGCCUUCCCCAAAUGCAUCAACAGUCUCUGAUGCGACCCCCUCACGGGCUGCCAAUGCCCAGUUCUCUGCAGCAGCCCCUUCAAUAUCCUAGCUUCAAUGCUCCUCCACCUAUUGGUUCAUCAAAUUUGCAGGGUUCAAGCUUGCCAGAACCACCCUCUUCAUUGUUUCCUUUCAGUAACAGUUCACAAAAUCUAGCACCCAGUUCAUUGCCUUUCUCUGGUCUGCCUAUGCCGCUGUCUUCAAGCCUGCAAUCGACACUGCAAUCAGGGCCAACUCCUCCCCUAGCUUCAGAGAUGGCACCUCCUUUGUUGUCGAACAAAGCUCCUGCUGCUCUGCCUCCUUCCCUACCUCAGGAUACUAAUUUGCUUCCCUAUUCGCUAUCAACUACUAGAGCCACCGACACAAGUGCUGGCCUUCCACUGUCUAACAAGCCUAGUGUAGUCGCUGGUCCAAUUUCUCUGCCGCAGACAACACCAUCUGCUCCAUCAGCACCGUCUGCUUCUGUUGCUGGAGUUUCUAAUUCUAUUAGCCAAGAUAAGCCAAAACCUUUGUUGGUUACUCCUGGCCAACUGCUGCAGUCUGGACCUGCUGCAGUCUCUUUAACUCCACCCUCUAAAAAUGUGGAUAAAGAUGUUGAGGUGGUUCAAGUAUCAUCAUCCGCUGGGUUGGAACAAUCUGUUCCAAUAACAUCAGAAGCCCAACCUCCAAUUCUGCCAUUGCCUUCUUCCGCAAGACAAGCUCAGAAGCCAAAUGGGCAUUCUUUCCCAAACCACAAUGGUUACAGAGGACGUGGGGGGAGAGGAAGAGGAAGAGGAGCAGGGAGAUCACACCAGGUAAUGAAGUUCACCGAAGAUUUUGAUUUCACAGCAAUGAAUGAAAAGUUCAAUAAGGAUGAAGUAUGGGGUCAUCUUGGGAAGAGUACCAAUGGUGAUGGUGAUGGUGAUGAUGAUUCCCCAAUCGUACAUGAAGCUGAGCUGCCUAAGAUUGAGGCCAAACCUGUUUACAACAAAGACGACUUUUUCGAUAGCCUCUCAUCAAAUUCCAUUGACCGAGAAUCCCAAAAUGCAAGGCCUAGGUUCGCAGAGCAACGGAAACUGGAUACUGAGACAUUUGGUGAGUUCUCAAGAUUCAGAGGAGGUCGAGGAGGGCGUGGUUAUGGUCGGAAUGGUCAUUCACGUGGCGGUUAUGGUGGACGUGGUUAUGGCGGUUAUGGUGGGCGUGGUGGUGGCGGCGGCUAUGAGUAUGGUGGUCGUGGCCAAGGUAGAGGCGUAUCAAAUCGUACUUCCUAG